AUGACUGUUAUAAAUAGUACACAAAAUAAUUCAUUAGAUGAAAAAAGUAAUAUGUAUAAAAAUUUCGAAGAAACGGAUAUUUCGUAUGAAAAUAAAGAAUUAAAUAGUGAUUUUCAAUGUCAUACACAAUCGUCUAUAUCAGAUACUUCAAGUAAAUUUUUAGAAAACAAACAAAUAAUGGAUCCAUUGAUUAAAAAUAAAUAUAAAAAUUUGAAAACGUCCAAUUUUUAUGCAGAUGAAGAGAAAUAUAUUCAAGAAAUAAAAUUAGACAAUGAAAACUAUCUUAUAAUUUCAGGGAUUAAUAUUAAUAAAACAAGACAAUUUAUUUAUUACAUAUGUUGUAUAUUAUCAGGAGAGUUUAUAUAUUUAAUUUUCCUAUGGAUACCGAGAUUGAGGGUUCGAUUUAUAUUUAAACGUACUCCUUUAAACAAUUGCGAAUGGGUUGCUAUUGAAAAUAAAUAUAAAGAAAUAAGUUUAUUAGAAGUUAAAAAAGAAGACCAUGGUGACUUCAUUUUUCCUAUUUAUGAAGGAUUCCAAGAUGUAUAUGAUAAAUCUCAAAACGAAGACAAGAAACUUGAAAGAUCUUACUUAAGAUAUAUCGAUUAUUGCUAUAUUCGUAUUAUUUAUUCUCCAAAACAUCAAAAGUUUUUGCCUUCUUAUGCUUGGAAAGAUCCUCGUCGUAUACUCUCUAUUGAAGAUAUUACCAAAGGAUUAACUACUCAUACAAAAAAUAUCAGGGAAAUUAUCUUUGGAAAAAAUAUCAUAGAUAUACAGGAAAAUUCGGUUAUUAGAUUAUUAGUGAAUGAAAUUCUUCAUUAUUUUUAUAUUUUUCAAUUAUUUUCUAUAAUAUUGUGGAUGUCUGAUACCUAUUAUUAUUAUGCAACGUGUAUCCUUAUUAUUACAAUCGUGAAUAUUAUAGUUUCUCUAGUAAAAACUAAAAAGAAUAUAAGAUCAUUUCGUUUAAUGUCUCGGUACGUAACUAAUGUUAAUGUUUUGCGUGAUGGAACAUGGGUUUCUAUUCUAUCUUCCGAAUUAGUGCCGGGCGACAUUUUUGACAUAUCUGAUCCGGAAUUAUCAAUCCUACCCUGUGAUUCUAUAUUGUUAACUGGUGAUUGUAUAGUAAAUGAAAGCUCUCUAACUGGUGAAUCUGUUCCCGUUUCCAAGAUAUUUGUUCCGGAAAAUGCUAUAAAGUCGCUUGUUGAGAUAGAAACAGAAGUACCUAAAGAAUUAUCCAAACAUUAUCUUUUUUGUGGAACUAAAAUUAUCCAAGCUCGAAAAUCAUUUAAAUACCAUCAAGCAAGAGCGUUAGCAAUGGUUUCAAAAACAGGAUUUAAUACUGCAAAAGGCAUUUUAAUAAGAUCUAUGCUUUCAGAAAAGCCUCUUAGUUUCAAAUUUUAUCAAGAUUCACUGCGUUUUGUAGCAUUUAUGGCAAUAAUUGCUUUAUGUGGCUUUAUUGUCAACACUAUAAGAUUUGUUCAAAUGGGGAUUACAUGGAAUCUUAUAUUUCUUAGAAGUCUUGAUUUAAUUACAAUAAUUGUUCCUCCUGCUUUACCUGCGACUUUAAUAAUUGAAACUAAUUUUGCAGUUUCAAGACUUAAAAAACAUCAGAUAUAUUGUAUUAGUCCUUCAAAAGUAAAUAUUUCAGGGAAAAUAGAUGUUAUGUGUUUCGAUAAGACAGGAACACUAACAGAAGAUGGUUUUGACGUUUUAGGAGUGAAAGUAGUGGAUGAUUCUACCAAUAGAUUAGGAGAAAUCCAUAACAAGGCACAAACAUUAUCAUUUUACACAUCUAAUUACAAUAACUUGAGUCCUACUAACAAGGAAAAUGCCAUGCUUUAUGCUAUGGCAACCUGCCAUUCUUUAAGAUUUGUAAACAAUAAAUUGAUUGGCGAUCCUUUAGAUAUAAAAAUGUUCGGCUUUACUGGAUGGAUAUACGAGGAAAAUCAAGAACAUAUAGCUUUAGAUGCUCAUUUUGAAAACUCUAAAAAUAAAGAUGCUGUUCAAAUUUCCGAUAAACAAAUUAUAUCAUCUAUAAUUAAACCUAAAAAAGAUCUUCAAAUUAAUGAUAUUAAAGAUUCAAAUUUUCAAAACAUUUCUACUUUUGAAUUUGGCAUUAUAAAAUCUUUUCAAUUUAUUUCUCAUUUACGAAGAAUGAGUGUUGUAGUUAAAAAGUUUAAUUCUACAGAUAUGCAUGUUUAUUUAAAAGGUGCACCAGAAAUAAUGAAAGAUGUUUGUCAGGAAAAUAGCUUUCCUGAAGAUUAUGACGAAGUUCUUUCUUAUUAUGCACUCCAUGGUUUCAGAAUAAUUGCAUGUGCAACAAAAACUCUUUCUAAUGUAUCUUGGGCUGAAACUCAAAAAAUGAGAAGAGAGGAAAUAGAAAAGGAUUUAUUAUUUAUUGGCUUUAUUAUUUUUGAAAAUAAACUUAAACCCGUAUCAGCCGAUGUUAUAGAAACACUUAAAAAUGCCAAUAUAAGAUGUCUUAUGUGCACCGGUGAUAACGCUUUAACAUCUAUUAAUGUUUCUAAAAAGUGCAAUAUAAUACAACAAGAUGAAGAUGUAUAUAUUGCGUCUAUUCAAGGGAAUAUUAAUUCCUUUGACGCUAAAUUGCUUUGGAAAAACGUAGAAGAUCCAAAAAUAUUGUUAGACAAUGAAGCAUUUAUACCCCAAUAUAACUCUUCUGAUCUAGAUGAUUCUUCAUAUUACAAAACUUACGUCCCAAAAAAAUAUUCAUUAGCAAUUACUGGAGAUGUUUUCAGAUGGAUGAUUAAAUUUUCUCCAUAUACUGUUUUAGAAAAGAUGCUUAUAAAAACUCAGAUUUUUGCUCGUAUGUCUCCUAACGAGAAAAAAUUAUUAGUAAAAAAAUUACAAUCUUUGGGUUAUUGUGUAGGUUUUUGUGGUGACGGCACCAAUGAUUGUGGUGCAUUAAAGUCAGCAAAUUCAGGAAUUUCUUUUUCAAAAACAGAAGCAUCCAUUGUUUCUGCCUUUGCAAGCAAAGUCUAUAAUAUUAGUUGUGUUUUAGAUCUUAUUCGUGAGGGAAGAACAUCGCUUGCUACUAGUUUUAGCUGUUUUAAAUACAUGGCACUUUAUUCAGCCAUACAAUUUAUGACUGUUAGUAUUCUUUAUUCCUCUGCAUCUAAUCUCGGCGAUUUUCAAUAUUUAUAUAUUGAUUUAAUACUCGUGUUUCCUAUUGCUAUAGCAAUGGGAAAAUCCAAAGCAAAUCUUAAAUUGAUCAAAAAACGUCCUGCUGCAAGUUUAAUUUCUAAAAGAGUUAUCGGCUCACUUAUAGGACAUAUUUGUAUAUUAAUAUCUUUACAACUUACUGUAUAUUUCCUCGUCCGUAUACAAAAUUGGUAUCAAAAACCAUUACCUCGCUCCGAUCUUUUUGAUAUUUCAAACUCUGAUAACUCUUCUUUAUUUUUGUUUUCUUGCUAUCAAUAUAUCUUGAUUGCUCUCAUAUUAAAUAUCGGACCUCCUUAUCGUGAGCCUGCUUAUCAUAAUAAAAUAUUUGUCUUUAUUAUACUUUUUUCUAUUUCCACUGUCACUUAUUUUCUAUUUAAACCUGCAACUUGGAUAUACGAAAUAUUGGAACUUUCAUAUUUAAAAUUCGAUUUUUGUUUAUUUAUUUUAGGUCUUGCAAUAUUCAAUUAUAUAAUCUCCUGGGUCGCUGAAAAAUAUAUCUUUUUACCAAUUGCUAGGCACCUUACUUCAAUUAUAAAGAUGCUCUUUUUCCCGCAUAAAGCUAAACAAAGAAAGCGAUACAAAGUUGUGCAGGAUUCAUUGGGAUUUUAG